UACCAAGAUGCAGGUUUUCACAAAGUUGCAAACAGUGUUCGUGAUCUUGUGGCUGGCCGAUCAAUUUUCUAGAAUAGCAUCUCAGACGUGUAGCGGCGAUAACUCUGUUUAUGGCUAUAUGCUGCGUGGAAACAUCUUCAAAACCCUACAGACGGCACUCCCGUUUGAGUGUUCCCAGGCUUGUGAGGGUGACGUCAGAUGUCAAAGCUUUAAUUACGUCAUUUCAAAAAAUACAUGCGAGUUGAAUGAUCGUACGAAGAAAGCCAGACCUGCAGACUUUUUGCCGAGUUCUGAACGAUACUAUUAUGAAAAAUCAAAAAAUAGAGCUGCUCUUGGCUCUAUUCCUGAACUUCCUGCUAAAAACUGUAGGGAAAUCAAGUUGAGUGAAGGAGAGCAAACAGUUAGCGGCAAAUACUGGUAUUAUAAUCCCUGGACGGACACGGCAACAUUCGCCUACUGUGACAUGAAAACGGAAGAUGUUGAUGAGUGUGAAUACGACUUGUACUAUUGUGAGGCCAAUAGCUACUGCAGCAAUACAGUGGGUUCAUAUAUUUGCACAAGUGACCGUGGCCUCGCAUCAUCGAGCAUUCUGAACAACUCACCAAAAUACUACAUUGGCACUCUUUCGUCUUACCUAGAAUCAGUCCUGACUAACCUUUCCUCGAGUAGAUUCGUUAGAUGUUAUCACGCUGAGACAGAUGGCUGGGAUUCAACAACAUUCCAUUCGAAAUGUGAUGGAAAGGGACCCACUGUUUCCAUUAUUCAAGGACCCACUGUUUCCAUUAUUCAAGUCGGUAACUACACAUUUGGUGGAUAUACCGACGUGUCUUGGCAAAGUUCUUGUGGGUACACAUCGGCUGCCAAAGCCUUCAUUUUCUCGCUUUACAACGUGCAUGGUUAUAAACCUGUUAAACUAGCUCAAUACCGGUAUCAAGGGUAUGCAAUCUACCGCUGCAGUAGUUAUGGACCAACAUUUGGGGGUUAUCAAGGGCGACAUGACAUCCAAUUACGAAACAACGCUGGCAACAUUCAAAAUUCCUUCACCACAUGCGGCUCUACUUACGGCGUCCCUACUGGUUACAUUUCGUUCACCAAGUGCGUAUUCUUCUCAGGGAGUGAAUUAUUUACCCCGACUAAUCUGGAGGUAUUCUACGAGAUAAAAUCUUAG